AUGAGCUUCUACACCACUACGACACCACAAGCCUUCCACGGAGCUUCUACUACCAAAAGAGGAUCCGACUCUUUGAAUGAGGAGUCGUAUCAGCAACAAGAAGAACGAAGCAACAAGAGAAUCAAGAUUUCAUCAUCUCCCCAACCUGCAUUCUAUGGUUCUGGAGCCUUCCAAUCUCAACCAUUCCAAGCACCCAUCCAGUUCACCAGUCCUUCUGGAUCCACCUAUUUCACCUAUGGCGGACAAGCGCAAGGCAAAAAGCAACGAAGAGCUUAA